GAUAUUGAAUUAUGUAUUAGCAGAACACAAUCCAAUUAUGGGCUUUUUACGAAGAAAGAGAACAAACAAGUAUGUUGAAAGAACAAGUAUACAAUAUACUUAUUAAAAUAGACUUUAGCUGUAAAGAGAGACUAGUCGUCUUAAUAGUGGAUAAGCAUUGUUUUCUUUUUCUUCUUUUUUUAUCCUACACCUAUAUUACUCUAUAAUUAACAAAAGUGUUGUUUUCUAGGAAUUCCUCAAAUGUCGAAACGUCAACUACUACGUUGGAGAAGAGGUAUUCUAUUUUUCGUUCUUUUCGUUCUAUUUCUGAAGAAAGACCGAGAAGAGAGCUCAAAAUGACCCAGACGUAUGAUGAAGAACAACAUACGGCCUUAGUCAACAAAUGUGAUGCCUUUAAUCCUAUCAUUAAGUCGGCUAUCAUUAGACGAGACUCCAUUAGAGACGCUUGGCAUUCAGAGGAAAACUUAGUAAGAAAAAUAUAUAUAUUUAUAGCAAAUUUAUGUGUAUAUAUAUAGCAUACAUACUGUAUAUCUUUAUACACAUAUAUACAAUAUAUUGAAUGGGAUAAAUAGCUAAAUUUAACUCUAAUUAAUGAAAAAAAACUUUGCAUAUCCCAUCUUUUUGAUUAUUUCAUGAAAGAUAUUAAGUUAAUUAUGAUAGGACAUGUCAAGCUCUAUACUCUAUUAUAAAGAGAGCAAUUAUCCGAGACUAGAGUCUUGUAAAGGGCAAAAUUCGACAGGAAAUCAUACAGGAAUAAACUCGAAAUAUUCUAUAAAAGCUCAGCUAGAAAAGGAAACGACUGUUUCUAAAUGGCUUAAUCAACCUGAUAUCGAAUUGCCGAGUUCGAUAGAGGAAGAUAGGGAAUCAAUUGACAACAGUAAUGAUUAUUACACGAUAAGCGACAACGAUGAUAAAUGGCCAUAUGUUAGUAUUGAUCAGAGUAAAAUUUACGGAAUAUCUAAGAGUGCACCAUCGAAAUUAAAUUGUAAAAUAUCUGCAAAAAAGAAGAAAAGCCUUCGUGAUGCUCGAAAAAUUUCAAAAAUAGAAUCUUGUUUCCAAACAUCGACUAAGAAUAAUUCUCCUGAAAUAGCCAUUGCGGGAUUAACGCCGGAAAAGUCACAGUUAAGUGAAAUGGGUGAAGAAGUCUUUCAAUAUAAUAGAGUAGAAGAUCUAGAGAGAAAGAAUAAUAAAAUUGAAAAGGAACUUUUACAAUUAAGGAAAGAUGUAAAUUUAGUAAUGUCUAUAAAUUCAUUGGAUAUAAAUGCCAAAGGUGAUAAUGAUAGAGAAGAUAAAACUGAUCAAUUUCAUCUUGAUAAUCCAAAUUUUAAAUUACCAAAUUCCUUAAUUAAUUUGGUCGAAUGUAAAAGUUCAUUACCGUCAGCUGAGCAAAUGUUUACGUACGAAAAGAAUAAACUAUUAUCACUUGAACUGAAUAGAAGGCAAAAGAGGCAGAAGAAAAUGAAUAACGAUCACAAAUGAUUAGAAAGAUUAGUGUUGAUAUUUUUAUUAUUAUGUUCUCUUUUUCUCCCUAUCAUUCGUUGACCUCCUUCUCAAAGGGAAUAGGAGAGAGAGAGAGAGAGAGAGUAUAAUUAAUCAAAGUAAAAAAUUUAACUGAAACCUUUAUACUCUAUUGUUUUAUAACUAACAAUUGAAAUUAAAUAUCUCUUCUUUUUUUACUAACUAAUGGUUCUUUCCUUGUAAAAAAUUCAAUUUCUUUUAUAUAUUGUUUAAUUGUUAUAACACUAAAAUUACCAAUAUUUAAAAAAUCUUAUUGCGCAAUAAAGCUAUGAUUUUAUCAAAUAUUAAUUACUAUGUAUAUAAUUUAUCAUUAAAAACUACGUCAA